UCGCUUUCCAGUUAUCGCGAAGUGUUCACUAACGCAAAGGCGUAGGUUCAAAUCCCGUGCUGUGUCUUCCUUUUUUUUAGAAAAUAAGCGGGAUCAAUCAUCUAAACUAGUUUUGUCACGGGGCCAAACAAAGUAACUAGUACCCCAAUAUAUUUGAUAAGAUAAGGCUAAAGUGCAAAACUGCAUACAAACCUGCAUGCAAUCUGAAAUGAAAAAUCUUUGUUAAUGGUAAUCCAGCAUGUAGUUUAUAGUCGCGCUUCCCAAUGAUAAUAGCUAAUGAAACCAACUCGAUUUGCAGCAAUAUGGAGAGAAAGAAUGACCUCACUUUUUCUACUCCAAUUGGAAACAUAACAGGAAGAGUGAAACAGGCUAAAAAUGGAAAAACGGUCUGUCAACUUCUGGGAAUCCCCUAUGUUCAAAGUCAACCGGUUGCUGAGAACAGAUUUAGGAGAUGUGACAUAUCGACGAAGCUGCCUGCAGAUAGUUUUGAGGCUGUUUCAUUCGGAAAUGCUGCUAUUCAAAGGGCACCUUCACGCCAGCUCAGUAUAAUUAGCCCUGAAAUUCCACAAUGUGAGGACUGUCUGACUAUCAAUAUAUGGACACCAAGUUAUAUACGGCAAAAUGAUCCCAUUGUCGGAGCUAACCAAAAACUUCACCCAGUUUUUCUGUUCAUUCAUGGGGGAGCUUUUCAGCAAGGAACAGUAUCGGAUGAGCCUUUCAACGGCACCAAUUUAUGUGCACACGAAGAAAUAGUCGUAGUCACGUUUAAUUACAGACUGGGAAUUCUGGGGUUCCUGGAUAUUCCCGGAGUCGUAGAACCCAAUUUGGGUAUCCGAGAUCAGGAAGUGGCGAUCAAAUGGGUCGAGUGUUACAUUCAGUACUUCGGAGGCGACUCUGAAAACAUUACAUUGUGUGGAUUCAGCGUUGGAUCGGUCUCUGUGGCUUGCCAUACCUUGAAUCCAAACAGUGACUUGAACUUCAAUCGAGCAAUUAUGAUGAGUGGAGCGCUGCUGGGAUUUUUUGGAUUUGAGAAAGACCAAAGUGUAUCAACCUCUGAUUCUAGAGAGUUCCUGAUUCAGAAUGGCUGGAAAAAAUCUCACCAGAGCUCGGACCAGGAAAACGACUCAAUCCGUAGUUUCCUUCAAAACCUACCUUUGGAUGUUUUCAAGAAUCAGUUUGUAGACUCUGUGUCCGGAAAGGGUUUAAAGUUCGGGCCUGUAUUGGAUUUUGAUCUUCAGAAUGUAGACCAAAUUCAGAAAAAAAUGAAAGUGCGAGAAAUAUUGGUGACUUCGACUCACGCAGAAGGCGAAGCGUUUCUAUACAGCCUUUUGGGUCGCGAAACUUGCAACAAACUGAACAAAAAUGAUGAUAAACUCUACACGAACAUAAUAACCCAAAUGUUUAGCAGAUUCUUACCUGAAAAUUCUCGAAGGGCUGAGAACUACGUGAAAAUUUGCAAUUUUUACAGAAACAAGAAAGUUUGUUUUGGCAAUGUAGAAGAUACACUGUUCCAUAAAUGUGCUUUAGCGAUUGGAAAUUACUUGAACGAUUACCCUGUCCUUAAAUCUAUUCAAUUUUAUCUCAAAUUAGAAUGUGAGGCUCGCCCGAAAAUUUACUUCAAGCUGCAUGAUUAUGUACAAAGUGAUCAUAAAACGAGAUAUUUUGACACUGAUAUUGUUCCUGAAUACUUGAAUUGCAGCCAUGGAUUUGAAAUUCCUCUUCUAUUUAAUAAUUUGAACGAUGGCCAUUCCGAUACGGAUCAAGAAGUAAGCGUGAAAACAAUGAAUUUGAUUGGAUCGGUAUGCAGAUUUGAUAAUAUAUCGUCGAACGAACGUGAAAAACUGUUUGGUCAGCAGGUGAAACUGAACACUGGAAAUCUUAACCCGGAAAUUGAGAUGAAAAACUUAAGUGUUUCUAAAAGCUUAGAAAUUACAACACGUGAUGACUUAUUUCAUAGCAGAUUACAUGGAAUUGAUUACAACAGGUUGUAUUCAGACAUUUUGGAUUUUUGGGAUGGAAUCGAUCAGAUUUCUUAUCAAACUCUAUGUUAAAUUAUUAUAAGUAAGUUAGCAAAAUAUGAAAUUACACAGCAAUGUUAAAGUUGGUUUAUAUA